AUGGCGUGCAAAUAAAGUAAAAAUUCCUGUGUAUAUUUUUAAUAAAUAAUAAAAAAAAAGAACACUAAAUUUCUUUGGGAAGAAAAUAAAGAAUAAUGGUAAAUUGUGAAAAGAAAAACAAUCAAAAAUUUAUUGAUUUCUCAUUUCAUAAUAUUUCCUUUAAUAUUAAUAAUAGAAACAAAUAUUGGUUUAAAGUUUAAACUAUCAAUUUAAUAAUUUCCUUCAAAUUUAGAAAUAUUAAUAUAAAUAUUUUUUUUUAUGAUUUGUGAAGAUUUCGGUUUUUAUUGGUCUCAUUUUAUUUUACAUCAUCCAAAAUUAUAUUAGAAAUAUCAUAAAACUCAUCAUGAAUAUAAUUAACCAUUUUCAAUAACGGCUGAAUAUUCUCAUCCUUUAGAAUAUAUUUUUGGAAAUUUACUACCAAGUUCACUUGGAAUUAAAAUUCUUACUGGUAAAGUUCAUUUAUUCACUGGAUUUUUGUGGAUUAUUUGGAGAACUUAUACAACAGCAGAAGUACACUCUGGUUAUGAAAUUCCUUUUUCCCCAGUAAGAGUUUUUCCAUUGUCUGGAGGCAGUUAUUUCCAUAAUUUUCAUCAUUCUAAUAAUACGGGUUCUUUUGGAUCAUAUUUUACUUUUUGGGAUAAUUUUAUGAAAACAAAUAAAUAAUUUAAUAAUUAUAUGAAAAAUAUUUUUUAAAAAAAUGAAUGAAAUUAAUUUUUUUAAAUAAAAAAAUUCAGUUUAAAUUUAAAAUUAUCCUCACUAUUAAAUAGGACAGGGAUAACUGAAAAUAUUCAUCAAUUUAU